AUGGCGGAAGAGCAAGCAGAGGUGUCGAAUAAUGCGCUGGCGGCGUUGGGUCACUCAGUGAUACCGAUUGUGAACAAGCUACAGGAUAUCUUCGCUCAGCUUGGGAGCCAGUCCACGAUCGAAUUGCCGCAGGUGGCGGUAGUCGGCAGCCAGAGCAGUGGGAAAUCCAGUGUUCUGGAGGCGCUCGUGGGUCGCGAUUUCUUGCCUCGAGGAAAUGAUAUCUGCACGCGCCGCCCUCUCGUGCUGCAACUCGUGCAGAGGAAGAGGAAGGCUGACGGAACUGACGAGGAGUGGGGGGAGUUCUUGCAUUUGCCGGGGAAGAGGUUGUUUGAUUUCAAUGAAAUCAGGAGAGAGAUUCAGGCUGAAACUGAGAGAGAAGCAGGAGGAAACAAAGGCGUUACAGACAAGCAGAUUCGUCUGAAGAUUUUCUCACCAAAUGUUCUUGAUAUUACUCUUGUGGAUUUGCCGGGGUUAACUAAAGUUCCCGUGGGUGAUCAGCCAUCUGACAUUGAAGCACGUAUUAGAACAAUGAUAAUGUCAUAUAUUAAACUUCAAAGUUGCUUGAUACUGGCUGUUACACCAGCAAAUUCUGAUUUAGCCAACUCGGAUGCUCUCCAGAUGGCUGGAAUGGCCGACCCUGAUGGUUAUCGAACAAUUGGUGUAAUUACUAAGCUGGAUAUUAUGGACAGAGGAACUGAUGCCCGCAACUUUUUACUUGGAAAAGUGAUUCCUCUUCGACUUGGAUACGUAGGUGUUGUGAAUCGUAGUCAGGAGGAUAUACUAUUGAAUCGGAGCAUCAAGGAUGCACUUAUAGCUGAGGAGAAAUUCUUUCGUAGUCGUCCGGUAUAUAGUGAUCUUGCCGAUCGUUGUGGGGUUCCUCAGUUGGCAAAAAAAUUAAACCAGAUACUGGUACAACACAUCAAAACAAUUCUUCCAGGGUUGAAGUCACGCAUCAGUGCUGCAUUGGUUUCUGUUGCAAAGGAGCACGCUAGCUACGGAGAGAUCACCGAGUCAAAGGCCGGUCAAGGAGCGCUCCUACUGAACAUUCUUUCCAAGUAUUCUGAAGCAUUCUCUUCAAUGGUAGAAGGAAAAAAUGAAGAACUGUCAACAUCCGAGCUGUCUGGUGGAGCAAGAAUCCAUUACAUUUUCCAAAAUAUAUUUGUGAAGAGCUUGGAGGAGGUUGAUCCUUGUGAGGACCUAACUGACGAUGAUAUCCGCACUGCCAUUCAAAAUGCAACUGGUCCCAAAUCUGCAUUGUUUGUGCCUGAAGUCCCUUUUGAAGUUCUUAUUAGAAGACAAAUAGCUCGCUUGUUGGAUCCAAGUCUUCAGUGUGCUAGGUUCAUUUAUGAUGAGCUAAUCAAGAUGAGCCAUCUAUGUAUGGUCAAUGAUAUGCAACGGUUUCCUGUCCUAAGAAAGCGCAUGGAUGAGGUUAUAGGUAACUUUUUGCGAGAAGGGCUUGAGCCUUCGGAGACAAUGAUAGGACAUAUUAUUGAGAUGGAGAUGGAUUACAUAAACACUUCUCAUCCCAAUUUUAUUGGUGGGAGUAAAGCUGUAGAAAUGGCACUACAACAGAUCAAGUCCUCCAGGGUUGCUGCAGUGAUUCCCAGGCAGAAAGAUACAGGAGAUUCAGACAAAGCACCCAAUUCUGAGAGAAGUCUGAAAUCUCGUGCUAUUCUUGCCAGGCCUGUGAAUGGAAUAGUUCCAGAGCAGUCUUUGCAUGACAAACAAGGUGUUCGACCUGCUGCAGAUGUCGAGAAAACUGCACCGCCUGUAAACAGCACUAGUUCAACCUGGGGAAUAUCAUCAAUAUUUGGCGGCUAUGAUAAUCGCACAUCUGUUAAAGAGAAUUCGACUAGCAAGCCAUUUAGUGAACCUGUUCAGAGCAUGGAGCAUAGUUUGUCUGUCAUUCAUCUGAGAGAGCCCCCUGCUGUCUUGAGGCCUUCAGAAACUCAUUCAGAGGAUGCUAUUGAGAUUGCUAUUACCAAGCUUUUAUUGAGGUCAUAUUAUGACAUUGUUCGGAAGAACAUUGAAGAUUCUGUACCUAAAGCAAUUAUGCAUUUUCUGGUAAAUCACACUAAACGGGAGCUCCACAAUGUUUUCAUCAAAAAGCUUUACAGGGACAACUUGUUUGAAGAGAUGUUACAGGAACCUGACGAGGUAGCUAUGAAAAGAAAGCGUACUCGAGAAACCCUUCGGGUUCUACAGCAAGCUUUCCGGACAUUGGAUGAACUACCGCUUGAAGCUGAUACAAUUGAGAGGGGCUACAACUUAAGUACUGAUCCAACGGGCCUGCCAAAAGUCCAUGGGCUUCCAACCUCAUCUAUGUAUUCUACUACCAGUGGUUCAACAGAAUUUUAUACUUCUCAGUCCAAAAAUCUCAAAUCCCGCAAGUCAUCACAUUCUGACCAAGUUCUCAGAUUCUCACAUUCAUUUGAUGCCGGCAUUCUUGCUAGAUGGAGGACCAUACUUUAUAGAACAAGUGUGGAUGUUUCGGGAAAAAGUUAG